AUGCCGGUAUCUGUUGAGGUGAUUCAUGAGUUUAAGGGAGCUGCUAUGAGCCUUUAUGAGAAGUCUUAUGGGCCGAAAGUGGAAAUUAAAGAUGGAGCCUCUCUCAAGCUUAGUGACUAUAAUUGGGUACCAGGCAUAAGAGGCAGGAGAGUCCACUUGAAGGAAGGUGUUGCAGGGGAAGAUAUAUGUGUCCAGGAACUGCUUGAUGGCAACAGAAACAGAUGGAAUACCCAAAGGGUGAGAGAAUUGGUUGUACAGGAGGAUUGUGAAGCCAUACUACAAAUUCAGGGGCUUGAUUUGAUGGUGAGAGAUAAGUGGAGAUGGGAGUUAGGUGUGCAGGGGAAGUUCUCAAUAUCAUCUUCAUAUGCUUUUCUUCAUCAAAAGAAGCUACUUGCAAUGGAUCUGCCUGAGGGAAACGUACCUGUUGUGUUCCUUAUGCUUUUUCGUGGACAACCGCAACGCUUAAUUGACCGCGAGCCGAUGAAUCCAGAUCGAUAA